UGCCCGGGUCUCUUUCCUGACGCGCUUUGCUAGUGGUUUCUGGGAAGGAGCCUGCUCGGCCGGGUCUCCGGCCCGAGUCUGCUGGGGCAGCCCUGCAGGCUGACGUGGAGCUGUGGGGUGGAGCGAGGGCCAGAGCGGUGAUCGGCUUCCGACCUCGCCACCGAUGGAUUCUGAGAAAGCCUAAAACAAAAAGGGCUAAGAGAUUCCUUGAGAAGAGAGAACCAAAACUCAAUGAAAACAUUAAGAAUGCCAUGCUGAUUAAAGGUGGAAAUGCAAAUGCGACCGUGACACAGGUGCUCAAGGAUGUGUAUGCACUGAAGAAACCAUAUGGAGUUCUAUAUAAAAAGAAAAACAUUACAAGGCCAUUUGAGGAUCAGACAUCACUGGAGUUCUUUUCAAAGAAGUCAGACUGUUCGUUAUUUAUGUUUGGCUCCCAUAAUAAGAAGAGGCCAAAUAAUCUAGUAAUAGGUCGUAUGUAUGACUACCAUGUGCUAGAUAUGAUUGAACUAGGUAUUGAGAAGUUUGUGUCUUUAAAAGAUAUUAAGACUAGUAAGUGCCCUGAGGGAACAAAACCCAUGUUGAUAUUUGCUGGUGAUGAUUUUGAUAUGACAGAAGACUAUAGAAGAUUAAAGAAUCUUCUUAUUGAUUUCUUCAGAGGCCCCACAGUACCGAAUGUCCGGCUGGCUGGAUUGGAGUAUGUUCUGCACUUCACUGCACUGAGUGGGAAGGUUUACUUUCGGAGCUAUAAGCUGCUGUUGAAGAAAUCUGGGUGCAGAACUCCACGGAUCGAACUGGAAGAGAUGGGCCCAUCAUUGGACCUGGUCAUGAGGAGGACACACUUAGCAUCAGAUGACCUUUACAAAUUGUCUAUGAAAAUGCCCAAAGCUCUCAAGCCAAAGAAGAGAAAGAACAUUUCCCAGGAUACUUUCGGUACAACUUUUGGAAGGAUUCAUAUGCAGAAGCAAGACCUAAGCAAACUACAAACCAGGAAAAUGAAGGGAUUGAAGAAAAGACCUGCAGAGAAUGGAACAGAAGGCCAGGGGAAAAAAUCAAAGAGAAUGAAGAAAAAUUAGUGGAACCUAACUGACGAGCGCUUUCUUGUGGUUGUUUACUAAAGAGAAUUUUCUACUGGAGUCUGUUCCGUUUUCUCAUAGGAAUUUCUAUUUUUGGAGGUUUUUGGAGGUGGGAGGGGGCAAGAUUUCACAAGUAGCCCAGGCUGGCCUCAGCCUCCCAAGUGCUGCAAUUACAGGCAAGUGCCAACAUACCUAGCAUAAUUGUAUAUUUCUGUAACAUAAUUUAUUACUUAAAUUUUCUUCAAAAAUUGAAGUUUGUAUGUGUUUGGAUCGUAUUCACCUCACUCUUCCUGUUUUUACAUUUUUUUUUUAAAUUAAUGUGUGUUGUAAGUGGUUUUCCCUCCAGGCCCAAGCUCCCAGAAUACUCAAAAUACAUAUAUUUACAAAUA